AUGAGUCGAAAACAAGAUAGAUAUACGUCGCGACCGCGCAGCCUUACCUCUCACUAUGGCUCAUCCCCCAGCAUGUUGGGUUCGAUGAUCGGCGGACAAUACAAUCCGUAUUCAAACAGUUACUCAAACUCAUACGGCUCGAGUUCAUAUAGAAAUUACAAUCCCUACACAGUCGGAUUAGGUAGACCGUCGUCGAAUUUGAGUAUAUACGGCGGAACGAGUUCGGGUUACGGUGGUGUAUAUUUAAGCGGUGCUACUUUAGGUUCGUUGAAUUUGAUGACACCUGUAUUAAAAAAAUUGGACAAGAAAUUGUUAGCUAGUCAAAAGAACUUUAAACCAAAACCUGUCCCGUUGCCGGUGAAGGUGCCAGUUGAGACGCCACCCGAGGCGGAGGUAGUAGCGCCAGCACCAGUAAGACCAGAGAGAAAAUCACGUUCAGGGAGCAGGAGCAGUAAUCUCAACAAAGAACGAUCGCGGUCACUUACUGAUCUAGAUUCUAUGACAGCGCUCAAUUCGCGGACUUUAAGUCUUAAUUCAGUAUCCUCAGAUGGCUAUUGUUCUGGCAGUGAACGUACCGAAGACGGUGAAGAACGUGAUUACAAAGCGCUGUACGAAGCGUCGCAGGGUGAAGUUCGACGCUUGCGUGCUUUACUCUCCACGUCCGAGCAACAGUUGCGCGACGCUCGCGCCACCAUCACCAGGCUCUCGCAAGUGAAUCAGAAUUCACUAUCCGAGAUCGAGAAGCGAGAAAAGAGGGCGAUGGAAAGAAAACUAUCAGAAAUGGAAGAAGAGUUAAAGCAAUUGCAAAAACUAAAAGCCGAGAACGAAAGGUUGAGGGCUGAGAACCGUGCGCUAACGCGGGUCGUCAGCAAACUGACCAACUCUGCCGCCAAA